CAAAAUAAAAAAAAAAACAUAAUUAAAUCAACAUAGAAAUAAUUUAAAAAUGUCGAAUAAUAUUGAGUAUGCUUAUGUUAAAAGUAGAUCACAAUUUGGUAAAUGGUGUAAUUUUUCUGAAUCAGAUAAAAUUGAAAUUGAUAUAAAACCAGAAAAAAAUUUUAUGAAUGAGUAUAUAAGGAUUGAUCCAGUAACUCAAGGAACUCAGUGUGGAAAAAUUUACAGUCAUCAUGAUGUCAACACAACAACAGCAACUUUUAAGGAAUCUGGUAUGCAUCAUGUUGAGGGUGGCUGGCCCAAGGAUAUCAACAUGUACGAGCUAGAACAAACAGUUCGUUACAGAAGAAAAAUCGAAAAAGAUGAAUUGUAUAUUCACACAAUGCUCCAGUUGAUGCCACCAAUGGAACAUUGUAUUUUGCAAAAUAAUUCAUGCAAUAUUUAUGAGCAAUAUUUUCACGAUACAGAAGCAACAUCGUUAAUUCAACGUACAUUUUCUAGAACAGUUAAUGUUUACAGAGAUAUUGUACCAGUUGAACGACCAAUAACACAUUUAUCCUGGUCACCAGAUCAAGGAACAAGACUUGCUGUAAGCUAUUGUCAUACGUCAUUUAAAAAAUUAAAAAUAUCAAGUUCAUAUUCAUAUAUUUGGGAUAUUGAAAAUCCAAAUAAUCCAUAUUUAAUACUUAAACCAAGUUGUCCAAUAGUUGCUAUGGAAUAUGCACCAAAAGAUAGUAAUACACUUAUAUCUGGUAUGAUAUCUGGACAAGUUGGAUAUUGGGAUAUUAGAAAAGGCUGUGAACCAGUUGAAAUGAGUAACAUUGAAAAUAGUCAUCGUGAUAUUUGUGAUAAUGUAUUAUGGAUUAAUUCAAAAACUGGUACUGAAUUUUUUAGUUCAUCACGUGAUGGACAAAUUAAAUGGUGGGAUACUAGAAAAAUAUCAUCACCAAUUGAAAAUCUUGUUAUUGAUUUAUUUAAAACAGAAGAACAAAAUAUUGAUAGAGCUAUUGGAAUUUCAGCAUUACAAUUUGAACAAUCAAUUGGUACAAGAUUUAUGUGUGGUCUCGAAAAUGGAAUGGUAAUAUCAGGAAAUAGAAAAGGUAAAACACCUGGUGAAAAAAUAUCAACAAGAUUUAAAGCACAAUAUGGACCAGUUUUAACUGUUGAAAGAAAUCCAAAUUUUGUUAAAAAUUUUUUAACUGUUGGUGAUUGGACAGCAAGAAUUUGGUCAGAAGAUUGUCGUGAAUCUUGUAUUGCAUGGACACCUGGACAUCGAGAAUUAUUGACUGGUGGUGCUUGGAGUCCAACAAGAUUUUCUGUAUUUUUUUUAACAAAAGUUGAUGGUACACUGGAUGUUUGGGAUUUAUUAGUUCAACAAGAUUCUCCAGUUUUAAGUAUAAAAGUAUGUGAUGAAGCAUUGACUUGUAUAAAACCACAUGAACAAGGUCAACUAGCAGCAGUUGCUGGAAAAAAUGGAACAACAUAUCUCAUUGAAUUUUCUGAAGCUCUAACAAUUAAUCAAAAAAAUGACAAACUUUUAUUAACUGCUCUUUUAGACAGAGAAACACGUCGUGAAAAAGUUAUUGAAGCUAAAAAUCGUGAAAUACGUUUAAAAAUGAAAACAACAAAACCUGAUAUUGAUGGUGAUUCUCAUGAUGGACCAAGAAGAUUAUCAGAAAAAAAUAAAAUAAAAAUUCCAAAUGCAAAUGAUCCAUUGAUACUUCAAUGUGAACAAGAAUACGAGGCGUCAAUUGAAACUGAACAAGCAAGAUAUGCAACAAUUGAUGAAAAUGAAAUAAAUUGUUCAAUUGAAUAUUGA